AUGAUCCUGAUUAGCUCCAUGUCCACCUAUAAUAACAAAAGGUUAAGGAGAGCUAAAGAGAGUUCCAAGAAAUGGCAUUCAAUUCUGUUGCUUUCUUGAUAUCAGUUAUCAUAUUUUCAGUGUUAUCUGCAGGAUAUGGACUAAGCUCGAAUUAUUACCACAAAACAUGCCCGGAUGUCGAGCCAAUUGUAACAUAUGCUGUCAAGAAUGCCGUGGCUAAAGACAAAACUGUUCCGGCUGCUCUUCUUCGGAUGCAUUUCCAUGACUGUUUCAUAAGGGGAUGUGAUGCUUCUGUGCUGUUAAAUUCCAAGGGAAAUAAUAAAGCAGAAAAAGAUGGACCUCCUAAUGUUUCUUUGCAUGCCUUCUAUGUCAUUGACAAUGCAAAGAAAGCAGUGGAGGCUAUCUGUCCUGGUGUGGUUUCCUGUGCUGAUAUAUUGGCUUUAGCAGCAAGGGAUGCUGUUGUGCUGGCUGGAGGACCAAGUUGGGAUGUGCCUAAAGGAAGAAAAGAUGGCAGAACAUCAAAGGCCAGUGAAACAGUACAGUUGCCAGCUCCUACUUUCAACAUAUCUCAACUGCAACAGAGCUUCUCUCAGAGAGGUCUUUCCUUGGAUGAUCUAGUGGCUCUCUCAGGAGGUCACACUCUGGGGUUUGCCCAUUGUUCAUCAUUCAGGAACAGAAUCCACAACUUCAAUGCCACACACGAUGUUGACCCCUCUUUGCAUCCAUCCCUUGCAGCAGCCUUAAAGAAUGUUUGUCCAGCUAACAAUAAGGCAAAGAAUGCUGGAACAACCAUGGAUCCUUCUUCAACAACUUUCGAUAACACAUACUACAGGUUGAUCAUCCAACGAAAGAGCCUGUUUUCUUCAGACAAAUCUCUGCUUGAUUUUCCGAAGACUAAAGCUUUGGUUUACAAGUUUUCUAGCUCAAAGGAAGCUUUCUCGAAGGCUUUUGUAAGCUCCAUGAUUAAAAUGAGUAGCAUCACAGGUGGACAGGAAGUUAGAAAAGACUGUAGGGUAGUAAAUUGAGGGUCUUUUAUUUUUUAUUUUUUUUCCAGUACAAUUAAACAAGCUACAAGGUCUGGGUAAUGCAUUAAAUGGAUGUUUCUUUUGUGCGAGCGAUUUGAUAGAAGAUUAAGGUAUUUGUACGGUUUGGUUUUAGAUCUUGAACAGGGUCUUUAAUGUAAUAAAGCUCAUAUUUUAUA